CCUCCUCCACCGUCUCUCUCUCUCUCUUUACGGGCAGGAACUUCACCGGGAGCCCAAGUGGCUGCAGUUGCAAUUAAGGAACCACGCCUGUUGCUCUAAGUCCCCUGAAUUGCAGUACUUAUAGGCUGCUACCCCUCCUUGGAGCAGAGCGAGCCGUCUCAAGAACCGCUUGCCCAGAAAAAGUGAUAUUCACCAGAGGAUUUUCUUUUUUUCCCCGUUUAUUAUUUUAUUAUCGCGAGAGCGCACAUUACGACCCCGCGGGGUUAAUCCUGACCACUGCUGUGGGUCUGAGAGGAGGAGGCGACAGUCCAGUUGGUCCCCCAGCGCUCUGUCCGGGAACACGCACUAUAACAGCUAUGGAGUACCUCAAGUUUUGCUUUGUGUUUUCAUUCUGGAUCAAGUUUUCAAAUUGUGUCUACUCUACUGAAACACCCCAAGCUCCCGCGCCUCUUCCUAAAGAAAAAUUGCUUGUCUUAACUGUUGCAACGGAGGAAACAGACGGCUUCCUCCGCUUUAUGCAGUCUGCAAACUAUUUCAACUACACUGUGAAGGUGUUGGGAAUGGGAGACGCAUGGAAGGGCGGUGACGUGGGACGUUCUAUCGGUGGAGGGCAGAAAGUCAGACUACUGAAGGAGGCCAUGGAGGCUCUGGCUGACCAGGAGGAUCUUGUUGUCCUUGUCGUGGAUAGCUAUGAUCUUAUCUUUGCCGGGGGACCAGAGGAGAUUCUCAGGAAGUUCCAGCAAGCCAAUCACAAAGUGCUCUUCGCUGCAGAGGGACUGAUAUGGCCAGAUAAGCGACUAGCUGACAAGUACCCAUCAGUACGCAGCGGCAAGCGCUACCUCAACUCCGGAGGUAUAAUCGGCUACGCCCCGUACAUAAACAGAAUAGUUUCACAGUGGAACCUCCAUGACAAUGAUGAUGACCAGCUCUUCUACACCAAAAUAUAUGUGGAUCCUUUACAAAGACAAACUCUCAAUAUGACUUUGGACCACAAGUGCCAGAUUUUCCAGAACCUGAACGGGGCAGUGGACGAAGUGCUUCUCAAGUUUGGAACAGACCGAGUGAGAGUUAGAAACACAGUGUACGACUCUCUGCCAGUGGUUGUCCAUGGCAACGGAAACACAAAAAUGUACUUGAACUACUUAGCCAACUAUGUCCCCAAUGCAUGGAACUACGAACAUGGAUGUAGCCACUGUGAUGACGAUGUUGUGGACUUGUCUCAGUUAAAAGACUUUCCAAAUGUGUGGGUUGGAGUGUUCAUUGAGCAGCCAACUCCAUUUCUUCCAGAAUUCUUCCAGCGGCUGCUGACCCUGGAUUAUCCAAAGGAUAAACUCAAACUUUUUGUCCACAACAAUGAGGUUUACCACGAGAAGCACAUCCAGAAGUUCUGGGAAGAGAACAGGAAUGUGUUCAAAAGUUUCAAGGUUGUGGGACCAGAAGAAAAUUUGAGCCAAGGGGAGGCCAGGAACAUGGGCAUGGAUCUUUGCCGUAAGGAUUCCACAUGUGACUACUACUUCAGCAUAGAAUCAGACGUCAUGCUCACCAACAGACAGACACUGAAGCUCCUCAUUGAGCAGAACAGAAAAAUAAUUGGUCCCCUUGUCACUCGUCACGGCAAGCUGUGGUCCAACUUCUGGGGAGCCUUGAGCCUGGAUGGUUAUUACGCUCGCUCUGAGGAUUAUGUCGACAUUGUGCAGAGAAAACGCGUGGGUGUGUGGAACAUUCCUUACAUGGCACAUGUAUACCUUGUCAAGGGCAAUGUCUUGAGGAAUGAAAUGAAAGAGAGGAACUACUUUGUUCUGGAGAAACUGGACCCAGAUAUGGCUUUGUGUAGAAAUGCGAGAGAACUGACCAGUCACAGAGAAAAAGACUCCCCUUCUCCGGAAUCAUUCCAUAUGCUCAGGCCCCCAAAGGGAAUCUUCAUGUACUUAACAAACCGUCACGACUUUGGGAGGCUCAUUUCCACAGCCAAUUAUAACAUUUCUCAUUACAACAAUGACUUGUGGCAGAUAUUUGAAAACCCUGUGGACUGGAAAGAGAAGUACAUCCACCAAAACUACACUCGAAUUUUCACUGAGAACCGCAUGGAAGAGCCGUGUCCAGAUGUUUUCUGGUUCCCAGUGUUCUCAGAGAAGGCCUGUGAUGAAAUAGUUGAGGAGAUGGAGCACUACGGUUCAUGGUCUGGAGGCAAACAUGAGGACAAGAGGAUUGCCGGAGGCUAUGAGACCGUGCCAACGGACGACAUUCAUAUGAAGCAAAUCGGGUUUGAUAAAGAGUGGCUACACUUCAUCCGAGAGUUCAUAUCACCUGUCACGUUGAAAGUUUUCUCUGGCUACUACACAAAGGGUUACGCUUUAAUGAACUUCGUGGUGAAGUACACGCCUGAGAGGCAAGCAUACCUGAGACCCCACCAUGACUCCUCUACCUUCACCAUCAACAUCGCCCUCAAUAACAAAGACACAGAUUUUCAGGGUGGGGGCUGCCGUUUCCAUAGGUAUAAUUGCUCCAUAGAGUCACCAAGGAAAGGCUGGACCUUCAUGCACCCAGGACGACUGACUCAUCUCCACGAAGGCCUGCCCACCACCAAUGGCACCCGCUACAUCGCAGUGUCUUUCAUUGAUCCUUGAACUACCUGAGUAGACUGCAAAUUAGUCUUUUGACCUUGCUUUGCUUUUUUUUUCCAUCAUGUUUGUUUAGUUUUGUCAUUUGACGUUUUGGGCCCCAUUUUUUUUUUUUUUCUGAUGCAGUUCUGUCUUUUAAAGCAAGUGCUUUAAAAGAUUAACUAAUUGCAUUAAAAAAAAUCUCUGUCAAACAGAGUGUAGAGUGGAAAGGGAAGUGAUAAAAGCAGUUCACACUUUAGAUACACAUAUUGAAUUAAAUAAAAAAUGCUAGCAGGGUACAGGGCUUCCAUUCACAUUCAAACCGUUUAUAUUUAGAUUGAAAACCAAACUCCGAGCAGGAGCAGUUGGUACUGUAGGCCGUCAUGAUUUUCACAGUACUUGAUUUACAGUUGUCAUGGUAACGUCAUUGACACACACUGGUGGCUUUGCUAGCAGUUAGCUGUAACAUGCUAGUGUGCAGAUAGCUGUUGUGUAUCUAUUUGUGUUUCAGGUAAAAUGUCAUUUAUACUGUAAAAAAAAAAAAACUCAUUGCUUCAAUAAUUACUACUGGUGCUCACCAUGUUCUGCCUUCAUAAUCAAUUAUUUGGUGGGGUGUAAGUUAAGGUGUUUUUCCACCCUAAAGACAAUCAUUUGUUUGAGUCAAUUGGGAUUUUAAUUAAAGUUUGAUUUCUGCCCAGUGAAAAAAAAAAAAAUCUAUUUUUGUAAUUUUGCACACCAGAAAAACAAGACAGCAGAAUUCAGUAUGAAUUCUGUUUGAAUGAAGUUCAAUUUUCUGUUUUACUUGAAAGGCUUUCUUUCUUUCUUUCUUUCUCUCUUUCUUUUUUUUUUUUUUUGGAAAUUGGCAACGUUCAUUUGCUUUCCUGAAAACAUUUUCUGCAAUAUUUUCUCUGAGAGAUCUGUGUGAAUAGA